ACGCCGUUGUGUCGGUUCCAAAACAGCACAGCGUUUCAAGAAUGACAUCGCCUCGCGGCAAUUCGAGCCCGCCGCAGUCGACGGGGACCGCCCUCGGUGAGGUGGAGGCCGCCGUGCCCCGCAACGAACACGGUGGCGUCCUCGUCACACGCGAUCAGAUCCGGUCGGCGUUUGAUUUCCUUGACGUCGACCAGCGCGGCUUUGUGACCCUGGAGAACCUCAAGGCGCGUCUGAGCAUCUUCUACCCCGACAUGACGGCCCGUGACUUUCGCGUCCUGCUCAACAACGCGUCUGAAGUCACCGAGGACGAUCUGUGCGACCUCUUGCUGCAGAACGACGUGGCCGACUACGAUCCUGUCGCCGACGCCUUCCGCGCCUACGACCCGGACGACACGGGGUAUGUGAGCUUCCAAGUGCUCUCGCACCUUUUCGAGCGGUUGGGGUAUGGCAGCCUCAGCGACGACGACCUCAAGGUGCUCGUCGCAACCGCCGAUGUCGACAAGGACGGCCGCCUCAACCUCGCCGACUUUCGGCACCUACUCGCCAUGUAGCCAUCGCUGUAUAAUCGCAUCACAGUCUCUUGCUCA